CACCACAGCCAACACAAGUCUUGAGUAUUGACAUUCUUCAUUGCCAAAGCUUCCACUUCUACUAAGUCCUCUCUAUUCUUUUCCUUGUUCAUUGAGAAAAAUGGCUAUUCGUAUGCCUUGCAUUAUUCAUGCUAAGCAAAUCCUCCGACGGUCUUCAUCAUCGAAGGCAAACCAAGAAGCUUCAUCAGCAGCAGUAGAUGUCCCAAAAGGCUAUUUAGCAGUUUAUGUUGGAGAGAGCGAAAAGAAGCGAUUUGUGAUUCCGAUAUCAUACUUGAACCAGCGUUCAUUCCAAGACUUGUUAAGCCAAGCUGAGGAAGAAUUUGGGUUUGAGCAUCCAAUGGGUGGUCUCACCAUUCCGUGCAGAGAAGACAUCUUCAUUAAUCUCACUUCUCAAUUGGGUGGAUCAUGAAUCAUGAUAGAAACAAUGCUAGGAUAUGUUAGCAAACACAAUUUUGUAAAGUAAUUACCGUUUCUAUGUACAAAUUUUCUUUCUUUUCCUUUCAGCCGCCAAGGAGAGAUAGGAAAUGUCGUCAGACUAUUAUAAUUUAUAAUUAGACAUUAAUGGAAUUCUCUCACAUUUAAAGGCAAAAGCAUCAUUGCAUCAAUAUUUUCAUGUCCAUUUUC